AUGAGCGGCGUACUGGGCCUCUUGUAUUUGGGAAGUCUGACCAUGACGGCCAGCGCCGUCAACUUGACCAUCACGGUGACUUACGAUGCGUUUCCAGAGGAAACCAUGUGGACGUUUGGUAGUCCAAGCACUGAACUGUUCCGGCAAGACUUCAAUAGCUGGAAUGCCACUACGGAUGGUCUAGACCGCUCCGAGACGUUUGAUGAUUUGACUCCUGGUAACUACCAAUUUGUCAUGGAAGACAGUGCGGGAAAUGGCAUUUGUUGCGGCAGUGGCAUGGGAACCAUCGUCAUGGCGGACGAUGCCGGAGUUGUCUACCAGCGCUAUGGAAUCUUUACCGAUGCCCUACAUGUCAACCUACAAAUCAGUGCCCAAGGCGUGGUCAAUGCACGGGAAGUGAGUCCUCCCCCUCCGACUGCACUUGGAGGCAAUGGCGACCCAGAGUGGCCUGGAUUUGCUUCGGACGAGCUGGAUCACUCCUUCUCGCUCAACAUCAAGUUUGAUCAGAACCCAACAGACAUUUCGGUAACCAUCAAGAAAAAAGAUGAUACAUACUUCAACACGGGAUGGCUCGACUUUUACUCCUACACUCCAGUGCCCGCCAAUGCUAACCAACUUUGGUCUGAAACCUUUGACGAGGUGGAAGCUGGAGUCUACUAUUUGCGCAUCGAGGACAGCGCCGGCAAUGGCCUAGGUCCUGACGGAUGGAUCACCAUGACCAAUCACACGGAUGUCUUUUGGCAAAUGGCCGGGGAUGGCUUUUCCACUCGGCUCGACCGGGCAUUCAUGGUUCGAGGUUGGUAUGGCAACACGGUUCUCGUGAAUGGUUAUUCUCUCUCAGACUAA